AUGGCUUCAUCUGAACAACAAAAACCUUUCAAAUAUCAAAAGCCACUAAAAUGGAAAAGCUUCAAAAGCAUCAAGAAUAUCUGUCUCCCUCCCCUAAAGCCUUUGCGCAAAGCAGACUUGAAGCCAGAAAUGGAGAACUACAGGCACGGCUGUAUGAGGAAUUCCAUGUUUUGUAAUCACCUCAUCCUAAAGCCAGAACUAGGAAGAACUCGAAGAAUUUGUAACAUUUUACCAGGAUCUGAUUUUGUGUAUGGAAUGCAAAACUGCUAUGAAGAUGGUGUUGCUGAAACAAUUGGACAAUGGAGAAUCCAUCCAUAUACUGAUUCACUGAAAAAAAAACCAUGUAAUUUUCUUAACUUAAAUGCAAAAGCUGUACAGGCUGGCUUUGUUACUCCUGCCGAGUACCAUUCAUUCAGACUAGGUUAUCACCAAAUCAAAGCAAUUAAAAAAAACAAACCACCCCUGGAACAUUUGCCCAAAAAGCAAUACAGUGAUGAAAGUGUCACUAUGGCUGACCUAAUCCAGCAAAAGUUCAAAAACCAAUGGCUACAGAAGAGAAUUAAGAAAGAUUCAAUUCGGUAUAAGGACUUUGUCAAAAUCACACCAAGAGAAGGUUACUACCAAACCUGUGGCACCAAGAUCAAACAAUAUCAGUCACAAGUCAAACUAUCCCCGCCUUGGCGACUGGCCCAGUUUCAGAAGGCUGAAGCAUGUCUUAAUACCUUCUCAGAUGAGGCAAUUCACCAAAAGUCACUCAAGAACUUCCGUGAAGAAGCUCCUGUAAGAUGUGGUACCCUUUCUCUGGGCAUUUACACUAGUGCAUUUUAA